AUGGACCUCUUCCUCUACAACGACACCCAUCGCCUGUGGAUCUGUGGUCCCUGUGGAUUCGCCGUGCGGCCCGCCCAUCUCGCCGCCCACCUGGCCAACCGCCAUCCCAAGCAUCCCUCCGCGGCCACCCCGGCCCUCCGCCGGGCCGCCUGUGCCCUGAUGCUCAAGCGGCCCUGCUGGGACCCCGCGCGGGAGCCUGACCGUCCGGUCCCGCCGCCCCCGGCCCCGGGGAGUCCACCGGUCCCGGGGCUCCCCGUCCACCCGGGCUAUCGCUGCCCCCACCCCGACUGUGCCUACAUCGUGUGCAAUCCUGAGAGCCUCCUGCGGCACCGGACCCGGAUCCAUGCGGACCGUCGACCCCGGGGCCGACAGCCCCCGGCCAGCCAGGUGUCCCCGCUGCCCCCGUAUCGGACCGUCAGCUGUCAGCGCUUCUUCCCAUCCGGUGCCGGCAGCGGUUUCUUCCAGGUCACCCCACCCGCGCACACGGAGCGGGCCCGCCAGGCAGCCACCAUGGGUGAGGUGGAGUUCAUCCGGAGGCAGGUGGCCGGGGCCCUCGCCGAGGACGCGGCGGCGGCGGAGGCCGGGGCCCAGCGGGUGCCGGACCCGGAUGCCAAAGCGCCCACCGAGAUAUCCCCCUGGCUGGAGCUCACCCGGUGGCCCGAGUUCCUGCAUGGGCAUGCCUUCACAGCGGUGGCCCCGCUGGCUGCGCCACCAGAUCCCACGGCUGAGCCCCUUCUGACAGUGUUCAGCGCCAGCGUCGAGCGGCUGAUCGAGGCGGCCUACCAGUCCAUCAAGACGCGGCGGAUCAACGAGUUUGACCAGAUCCGAAUCAACAGCUUCCUGCAACGGCCACGGGUGUGGGACCGGCCCAUCCUGAUCCAGCUCCGGCCCUCCACCUACCGGGCCUACCGGCAGGUCUGGCAGCGGCUGAUCUGCUUCGCCUACCGCACCAGCCGCCCCAAUGCAGCCGUGCAGCUCGGCCACCAGCUCACCACUGCACAGCUGGCGGCCCUGGACCGGAUGGAGACGGCGGCAGCGGAGCUGCUGUCAUUGCCCUCGCCACCACUCUGCACACCCGGGCCCGGGGCGGCGGAUCAUCCACCAUGGACCACAGGAGGGGGCCCAUGGGUCGUCAUCCAGACGCCCCGUGGGGGGGAUCGGGAUCGGGACCCGGAGGGGGACCGGAGGACCGAGCGGCGCCAUGCAGCAUAUGAGCAACUGGACCAUGCCUGCCUGGACCUGUCCAUCGCGCUGCUGGACCACCCACUGAAAGGGGAUCUCUUUGAGAGUGCGGUGGUGGCCUUCCUGGCAGUGUUGGGGGUGGAUGUGGAGAAACAGACCUUCCGGGACCCCUACGCGUUCACCAGCUCCCUGUCCGGGCUGAUCAAGAUGGCCCAGAUGCUGGUGGCGCAGCGCGCGGUGCAGAUGGCGGACCAUGGUCAGGUUGAGCACCCGGCAGAUGCCCUGGAGGCCAUGCGGGAGCGGUUCCUCCUCCCGGGGGUGGCUGCCCCCUUCAACUGGCUCACACGGCUGCGCACGUUUGGCAAGCGCAUCCAGAACACCACCACCAGUCUGGGAUAUAUCUACUGGAGCGAUGACCAGCAGACCCUGAGCUACAAGGAACUGCACCUGACCAUGGCGGGCCUGCGGGGCUUCGUGCGCACCCAGGUGGAGCUGGCCCAGCUGGAGCUGGAGGGGCUGUUCCUGCUGCAUGAGGAGGAGACCCGGGAGGCGGUGGUGCCGCGCCUGGCCCUGGUGGAGCUGGCAGACGACCCGACCAACAACCGGCGUGGAUGGAACUUCCUGCAGGACCACCGCACCCGUGCAGCGCUGCCCACCACAGGAGAGCAAUGGCUGAUGGACCGGGUGGUGGCCACCGACUGGCUGCGGGCUGAGUGGGUGGGGGUGCGGCCGCAUGACCACCAGGUGAUGUGGCACACCACCGUGGUGGAUGCCUACCUGGGACAGGUGGACCAGUUCCUGGAGCGGCUGCUCCUGCUGAUGCACCUGACUGCUGGGCAGCCGGCGCGGGCCACUGAGCUGCUGGGGAUCCGACACAGCAACACUGUGUGUGGCCAGCAUCGCAAUCUCUUCAUCGAGCAUGGGGUGGUCAGUCUGGUGACGGCAUACCACAAGGGAUACAGCAUGACAGGGUCCACCAAGAUCAUCCAUCGCUACCUCCCGGCGGAGGUCAGUGAGCUUGUGGUGUACUAUCUAUGGCUGAUCCUGCCCUUUGCACGGGCAGUGCAGGCCCUGGCCCAUGGCACCCGGCAGGCACGCUCCCCCUUCCUGUGGCCACGGGGCCCCAAUCUGGCAGCGGGGGCAUGGGACAGUGGCCGGCUGCGGGGGUGCUCCAGCGUGAGGCCCACAUACAUCUGCAGACCAAGCUCAAUGUGA